AUGUCCUCUGCCCCUGUCCUCUUCCCCUGUCCUCUGCCCCUGUCCUCUGUCCCUGUCCUCUACCCCUGUCCUCUACCCCUGUCCUCUGCCCCUGUCCUCUGCCCCUGUCCUCUGUCCUCUACCCCUGUCCUCUGCCCCUGUCCUCUGCCCCUGUCCUCUACCCCUGUCCUCUGCCCCUGUCCUCUACCCCUGUCCUCUACCCCUGUCCUCUGCCCCUGUCCUCUACCCCUGUCCUCUGCCCCUGUCCUCUGCCCCUGUCCUCUGUCCUCUGCCCCUGUCCUCUGUCCCUGUCCUCUGCCCCUGCCCUCUGUCCCUAUAAAACCCGGAGCCGCAGCAUCUCACAGCAUCACACCUUCAACUGAGAGGAAUAAACAACAGCUCCACAACCAGAAAAAAACCAACAACUCACACAACAUGAGGGUCUUCAUCGCCGUCGUGGUCGCAGCCAUCGCCUGCUUCGCCACAGUGGAGUCUCUGGUCUGCAACAAAUGCAGCAUCGGCCUCCUUGGAUAUUGCCUCAACGCUGGUAACGAGACGUGCAACAGCACCAGCAACGUCUGCUACACCUCCAAGGCCGCGUUUGCCAGUGUUUCCAGUUUCAAAGGGUUCGUGAAUCAGGGAUGUGGCAAUAACACCUGCGGCGUUAACCAAACCAGCAAGGCCGAGAACGGCUCUCUCCCCAUCAUCGGCGUGGGCUACACCAUCACCACCUCCUGCUGCACCACAGACAAGUGCAACCCCGUGGACACGUCUGGAGCCUCUGCCACCGCUGCCAGCCUCUCUGUGCUCAGUGUCGCCGCCCUGGGGGCAGUGAUUGGAAGCUACAUAGAGAGCCACAUCACUGACCUGACACAGGCCACAGAGACACAGGCGGGACACAGGCGGGACACAGGCGGGACACAGGCGGGACACAGGCGGGACACAGGCGGGACACAGGGCGGGACACAGGCCACAGAGACAGGCGGGACACAGGGCGGGACACAGGCCACAGAGACACAGGCGGGACACAGGGCGGGACACAGGCCACAGAGACACAGGCAGGACACAGCGCUGGACACAGGGGGGACACAGGGGGGACACAGGCGGGACACAGGGCGGGACACAGGCCACAGAGACACAGGCAGGACACAGCGCUGGACACAGGGGGGACACAGGCGGGACACAGGCCACAGAGACACAGGCGGGACACAGGGCGGGACACAGGCCACAGAGACACAGGCGGGACACAGGGCGGGACACAGGCCACAGAGACACAGGCGGGACACAGGGCGGGACACAGGCCACAGAGACACAGGCGGGACACAGGGCGGGACACAGGCCACAGAGACACAGGCGGGACACAGGGCGGGACACAGGGCGGGACACAGGCCACAGAGACACAGGCGGGACACAGGGCGGGACACAGGGCGGGACACAGGCCACAGAGACACAGGCGGGACACAGGGCGGGACACAGGCGGGACACAGGCGGGACACAGGCGGGACACAGGCCACAGAGACACAGGCGGGACACAGGGCGGGACACAGGCGGGACACAGGGCGGGACACAGGCCACAGAGACACAGGCAGGACACAGCGCUGGACACAGGGGGGACACAGGCGGGACACAGGCCACAGAGACACAGGCGGGACACAGGGCGGGACACAGGCCACAGAGACACAGGCGGGACACAGGGCGGGACACAGGCCACAGAGACACAGGCGGGACACAGGGCGGGACACAGGCGGGACACAGGCCACAGAGACACAGGCGGGACACAGGGCGGGACACAGGGCGGGACACAGGCCACAGAGACAAAGGCGGGACACAGGGCGGGACACAGGCCACAGAGACACAGGCGGGACACAGGGCGGGACACAGGGCGGGACACAGGCCACAGAGACAAAGGCGGGACACAGGGCGGGACACAGGCCACAGAGACACAGGCGGGACACAGGCGGGAUACAGGCCACAAAGACACAGGCGGGACACAGGGUGGGACACAGGCGUGACACAGGCCACAGAGACACAGGCGGGACACAGGCCACAGAGACACAGGCGGGACACAGGGCGGGACACAGGCGGGACACAGGCGGGACACAGGCCACAGAGACACAGGCCACAGAGACAGGCGGGACACAGGGCGGGACACAGGCCACAGAGACACAGGCGGGACACAGGGCGGGACACAGGCCACAGAGACACAGGCGGGACACAGGCCACAGAGACACAGGCGGGACACAGGCCACAGAGACACAGGCGGGACACAGGCCACAGAGACACAGGCGGGACACAGGCCACAGAGACACAGGCGGGACACAGGGCGGGACACAGGCGGGACACAGGCCACAGAGACACAGGCCACAGAGACAGGCGGGACACAGGGCGGGACACAGGCCACAGAGACACAGGCGGGACACAGGGCGGGACACAGGCCACAGAGACACAGGCGGGACACAGGGCGGGACACAGGCCACAGAGACAAAGGCGGGACACAGGGCGGGACACAGGCCACAGAGACACAGGCGGGACACAGGCCACAGAGACACAGGCGGGACACAGGCCACAGAGACACAGGCGGGACACAGGCCACAGAGAGACACAGGCGGGACACAGGGCGGGACACAGGGCGGGACACAGGCCACAGAGACAAAGGCGGGACACAGGGCGGGACACAGGCCACAGAGACACAGGCGGGACACAGGCGGGAUACAGGCCACAAAGACACAGGCGGGACACAGGGUGGGACACAGGCGUGACACAGGCCACAGAGACACAGGCGGGACACAGGCCACAGAGACACAGGCGGGACACAGGGCGGGACACAGGCGGGACACAGGCGGGACACAGGCCACAGAGACACAGGCCACAGAGACAGGCGGGACACAGGGCGGGACACAGGCCACAGAGACACAGGCGGGACACAGGGCGGGACACAGGCCACAGAGACACAGGCGGGACACAGGCCACAGAGACACAGGCGGGACACAGGCCACAGAGACACAGGCGGGACACAGGCCACAGAGACACAGGCGGGACACAGGCCACAGAGACACAGGCGGGACACAGGGCGGGACACAGGCGGGACACAGGCCACAGGGACACAGGCCACAGAGACAGGCGGGACACAGGGCGGGACACAGGCCACAGAGACACAGGCGGGACACAGGGCGGGACACAGGCCACAGACACAGGCGGGACACAGGGCGGGACACAGGCCACAGAGACAAAGGCGGGACACAGGGCGGGACACAGGCCACAGAGACACAGGCGGGACACAGGCCACAGAGACACAGGCGGGACACAGGCCACAGAGACACAGGCGGGACACAGGGCGGGACACAGGGCGGGACACAGGGCGGGACACAGGGCGGGACACAGGGCGGGACACAGGCCACAGAGACACAGGCGGGACACAGGCCACAGAGACACAGGCGGGACACAGGCCACAGAGACACAGGCGGGACACAGGCCACAGAGACACAGGCGGGACACAGGCCACAGAGACACAGGCGGGACACAGGCCACAGAGACACAGGCGGGACACAGGGCGGGACACAGGGCGGGACACAGGGCGGGACACAGGGCGGGGCUGUUAUUCUACAUUCACUCAUAUAUUUGCGACGACAUGCAUACUAUAGUUUGGUCUGA